UCUCAGACCAAUAAUGUUUUCUCCUUCCAUUCGACAACCGCUAUUCGACGCCGGCUUGAUAUCCGCUCACCAACACCUUUAAGGAAUGUCGUCAAUUUCCCCUGACCAGAAUGCUAUUUGUUAUCUUAUCAAUUCAAACACGGCCGCAACUGAUAGUGGAUACUAACUGGCCGUAGCUAUCAAUAGGUAGAACCGUCAGUUCUUUUAUUUGGUUAAAUUCAAACGGUUUAAAAUCUGCGACGGCGGUACCGUUGUUCCCGUUGCUCCGAAACUCUUCGAAAUGUUCGUAAUCUCAAGCAAUUUGUGUAGAAUCUAGUCUUACCAUUCAAUAUGAUUUCAAAGUCCCUCGUUCUGAUGUUACUAAUCGCGACUUUUGUCCGAAAUGCACACGGUCAAAGUCAAUCCAGAUGCAUAUUCCAGAAAACGUGCGUAGAAUGUUUGGACGCUGAUCAUUCCUGCGCUUGGUGUACGGAUGAGAGCUACAGUAUGUAUAAGCACCGCUGCAUGGCAUUUGACGAGCUGAUAGCAUCGAACUGCAGCAAAAGUGAGAUUGAGACCAAUGAAAACUUCGGUAAGAUGGAAAUCCUCGAAAACCGCCCACUUCGAGAUUAUGAUCGUGAAAAACUAGAAGCAACCCAGAUUAGUCCGCAGCGCUACAAAAUCCAUCUGGGGAAGUUGGAACCACAUUCAUUUAAAUUCACAUAUAAACCGGCCAUGAACUUCCCGCUAGAUUUGUACUACCUGAUGGACCUUACUUGGUCUAUGAGAGAUGAUCGUGACACAUUAAUCAAUAUGGGCGAUCAAUUGGCGAAAGCACUGGCCAAUCUGACCGAAAACUAUCGGCUGGGUUUUGGGAGCUUCAUCGAUAAACCGAUCAUGCCGUUCAUUCAAACCGAGGCGGAUCGUGUGCAAAACCCCUGCAGCACCGCACGCGACGUGUGUGAGCCAACGUACGGAUUCCGCCAUAGGCUGCAGAUCUCAAAGAAUAUCGAUGGGUUUAUCGAGAAGCUAAAAACUAGUAACGUUUCGGCCAAUUUGGAUAAUCUGGAAGGAGGACUCGAUGCGUUAAUGCAGGUAUUGGUGUGUGAUGAACGAAUAGGGUGGGGUAAGAACACAAGAAAAAUGGUCAUCUUAGCCACGAAUGGAAUGAUGCACAUGGCGGGCGAUGGACUGCUGGCCGGAAUAACCGAGAGGAAUGACAAGAAGUGUCAUUUGUCCGAUCAAGGCGAAUACACUGGAACAUUGAUGUAUGACUAUCCUUCUCUGGAGCAGAUCUAUAGAGUUUUAGCUAAAUCAAAAACUGCCGUGAUUUUCGCUGUUACCGACGAACUUAAGGAACACUACUGGACAAUACGCGAGUUGAUGUCGGAGUUUACCAGCGUAGGGUUACUUCAGGAUGAUUCUUCGAACAUCUUACAGCUAGUUAAUACGGGUUAUAGAGACUUUGUAAGGCGAGUGGAAUUUACGGACAACGCUCCUGACUAUAUCCAGAUCUCCUACAAAACCGAUUGCGGUGGAAUUUACAAGACACCGCAGCCAACGAGUAAAUGCGACAAUAUUGAAAUAGGAAAGGAAUACGAUUUCCUGGUUGAGGUACGUCUGUUAAGAUAUCCAGAUGAAGUAAGCUCAAAUCUAACGGUAAAAAUUGAGGAAGCGUUAAUCAGUAAUGAAGGAGUUGAACUAGAGAUACAAAUCAGGGAAGCUUGCCAGUGUGAGUUGGAAAAGGCACCAAUAGAUGCUAGUGAAAUAUGCUCCGGUCAUGGUAAAUACUCCUGUGGCAUGUGUCGUUGCGAUGCUGGAUGGAUAGGAAACUCAUGCAGUUGUAACUUGCGGAACUUUGAAAGUAGUGCUGAAUUGCUGAAGCAGUGUCAGAUAGAGAGCGAGUUUGAUGAACCUGGACCAAUCUGUUCAGACAGAGGGGAAUGUGCUUGCGGACAAUGUACCUGCAAUCCAGGUUUCAGCGGAGCGCACUGCGAGUGCAAGGAAUGUACCCGAUUAUUUGGCAUGAUCUGUAGCGAUCAUGGGCAAUGCGACUGCGGUUCUUGUGACUGCGAUGAAGGGUGGUCCGGCGAGGAUUGCGAAUGUACUACUGAUCAGAGCACCUGCAAAGCACCACAUAAAGAUCAGAUCUGCUCAGAUCGUGGUGAAUGUGUCUGUGGAAAAUGUGCCUGCAGCGAGUCGUAUUUCGGCCCAUACUGCGAAGUUACCGCUGGAUCAGAAUCGGAACUAUGUUCAUACUAUGAUGAGUGCGUCCGCUGCGAAAUCCACAAAAGGUUCGACCGGAAGUGCGAAUCCAUCGAAGAUCAGUGUAAAGUGAAAUUGGGUCUAUAUAAGGCAGAGUUUAUCGAGUCCUUGAGUGAUCUCUUCAAUUGCACGGCCCGUGUGACAAACGACGAUCUGACUUGUGACUUCAAGUACACAUACAGUCUGGAAGAUCGCCAAACGGUGUUAAAAAUCCUCGAUACACCAUGCAGUCAAGUUAAUGCCAUGGCUGCCUUCUGGGUUGUUGCCGGAAUCACACUAUUGUUGGGUUUGUUGGGACUUAUAGCAUACAAACUCAAAAUCUUGAAUGAUGACCGAAAACUGUACAAACUAUUUGAAGAUGAGCAAAAAAAUCAAACGUCCUAUCAAAUGACGAGUCCUUUGUAUAAGUCUCCCGUCACUGAGUUCAAGGUACCCGAAGAGAUCGCCGACAGCGAGUUGAGGUGAAUUCAUAAGAUACGCAAAAAAAGUUAUUUUCAUAGGUCAAUAACGUGAUCAGGAAAGCAUAACAGAAUACAAACUUUAUUGUUUCAAUGUUUGUUAUUCAUACUAACAUGUAGAAGUAGAAUAAUUAAAUAUUUCGAAAACAGUAUUAGAACAGAUUUUGUUACGUGAUGAAGAAACACACCCAAUACAAAAACAAUUUUGUAAAUGAAACUAGCAAAAUUUAUAUAAAAUUUUGACCAAAUACACAAAUGCUAGAUUCUUUUUCGAA